GACGAUUUCUCCUCCCCCCCCCGCCACGGGUUUUACGGGGAGCGCAACCAGCCGGCGCAUGCGCAGCGAUCGGGUUAAAAAGAGCGGUUAAACGGACCGUUCUUCUGACGCCUCUUCUGAGCGCGUGGUUAUUAUCGACGCGGAAACGGUCGAGCGCCCUUCAAACGCUAACGGCCGCCUGCGCGCAAUCAGCGCCGGGUAUUUACAAAUACAAACGCCAGCGAGCCGGCAGAAGAGAGCCGCUCAGCACGGGGGGCGGUUGCGAUGGGUUCGACGGGCGGGCUGCCGCCGACGGGCGUGUGCCUUGCGCUCCGGGUCACUCGAGUGGACCCACCCCGACCCAGCUCGGUAUUGGUCAGGCUGUGGGGCCGCUUCCAGCAGCGCGAAAGGCAGCCCGAGUACCAGCGGAUGCACAUGGAGAUCCUAAAUUGGGCCAAGGCGGUGCGGCUGGGCGGCGGCCCCGAGCGCGGAGUGCCCGCCCCUCCUCUGGAAACUAACGAGCGCUGCUUGGCUGAGAUCUGCGGCGAGUGGCACCGGGCCCGGGUGCUGAGCCGGGUGGACGACGACUAUACCGUCUUCAUGCUGGACGAAGGCCGGGCGCUGCCGGUCCGGGCCCGCAACCUGGACCGAGGUAAGAAGGAGUUUUUCCACUUGCCGCCCGAGGUGGUCUGCUGCAUUCUGGCCAACUUGGUGCCGGCUAAGGACCCGGGAGCCUCCGCCCAGGAGGAGCAGAGGCGGUCACAACCACCGCCAGAGGUCGGCGACGGAGAGGAGGAGCGCGACGCGGGCGCCCGGCCCCGGGCGAGCAAGGCCACUGCCUGGCCGCCUGGUGCGUUGUCCUUCUUCCGCGGCCUGCAGGGGCGGACGCUGGAUGCGCAGGUAGAGGCGGUGUUGCCCAACCGCUUGGUGCUGGUGGAGGUGGCGCGGGUGUCGAGGCAGCUGUGUGAACUGGGCCUGGCGCGCACCAUCGACGCCGCCUCCUUCCGCCUGCUAGUGGAGGUGUCCACUUCGCGGCCCAGCGCCGCGCUCCGCAAGGAGUGCCUGAGCCUGCUGCCCCCGCCUUCCUCCGACGCUGCCGCCGCCCCCGCCCCCGCCCCCGGUCAGAUUCCGGGCGGGGCUGAGGCCCUACAGCCGCCUCCGCCGCCGCAGCCACUCGGCGAGGCGGGCUACGGCCUCACCUACUUCUACCCGCUGCUGCAACUCGGCGAGACCGUGGCGGUGAGGGUCACCCAUGUCCGCUACCCCGACCGCUUCUUCUGCCAGCUGAGAUGCCACUGCCCCGAGCUGGAGCGGCUGCAAGACAGCAUGCACCGCUACUACGAGAGUGGGCGCGCAGCCGAAGCGCCCCGCAAGCUGGGCACUCCGUGCGCCACCAAGAGCGCCGAUGGCCGCUGGUACCGCGCUAUCAUCCAGCACACGCUGGCCGACGGCGUGUUGGAGGUUUUCUAUGUUGAUUAUGGUGACCGUGAGGUGGUGUCGGCCCGAGCCGUAUGCCGCCUCAGCCCCGGUUACUUCAAGAUGCCUGUUGUCACCUACCCAUUUGCUCUGCUGGACGUGUCGGACUACGGCCGCGGCUGGACGGCGCAUCACGUCGAGCUGCUCAAAUCGCUGAUCCUGCGCAAAGUGCUGCAGGCCAAGGUGGAGUUCUACAACGCAGUGGAAAACGUAUACCUGGUCACCCUUUACCAGGAGGAUGGCCCCACCAUCAAUGCAGCUUUUUGUGCCCAAGCAGAAGGACUUCUUUCUGGGUAUUGCACCCAAGAUGGGGGAAUAGGAAAUGGUUGCCAGAAACUGAAUGCUCUGCAAUGUGGUGGUGACUAUCUCGCUGAGGACAAAAGGAUAGGAGUCUCGAAAGUCAAAGAACGUAUCUCUGUACUCAAGAAUGCAAAUCUGAAACUAAAUGCAUUUUACGAUGUUCUGGUUGAAUUUGUGAAAGAUCCUUCAGAAUUUUGGAUUCGAACCAUGGAAACGGCCUGUGAGUUUGAAAAUCUAAUGAGUAGCAUUGCCAAAAACUAUGGACAAUUAGGUCGAAAUGAAGGGUUGAUAAAAAAGCCUGAGCCUGGUUUAUUAUGUUGUGCUAAAUUCAGGGCUGACGACUUGUUUUACAGAGCUGUUAUUACAGAGAUUCUUGAUGGUGAAUUCAGGGUUUUCUUCAUUGAUUAUGGAAACAUGGAAGUCGUGGGUUGGCAUGAUGUUAAGGCCUUACUUCCAGAAUAUCGAAAACUUCCUGCCUUAGCAAUUAAGUGUUGCCUUGCUGACCUCUUUCCUAAAGAAGGAACUUGGAGUAGAGAAGCUGUUGACUAUUUUGAAAAAGCAGUGUUUGAAAAACGUCUUGUAGUUCAUGUCUUGGAGAAGGAGAUGGACAAAUAUUUGAUUGAACUGUUGGAUGUGGAAGAUGAAGGGGAACCUAGUAUAAACAAGUUAAUUUUAAAAGCAGGCUAUGCUGAUCACCAAGUCCAUAGAAUCUCUAACUUAAGUUUAAAGAAUUUGGAUGUAUUAGGCCAUUUGCACAUUCCGUUUUCAUCUGGAGAAACGUUUCGUAUGCUUGGCGGAAACAAAAUAGACAAAUUUGAACAAAGCCCAAUGACUCCUGAUGCAGCUCAGUCAUUCACAGAUUAUGGUGAUACAGCUGAACUGGUGUCAAGUGAUUCUCUAAUCUCACUGCUAUCUGGUCAGGAAGAAUUUGAAGGUAAUGAUAGAGCAGAAAUAAUUACAGAAUCUUAUAAACAAGAAUAUCUUAAAGUGGGAAGUACAGUAGAUGUACAAGUUUCUUUCAUUGAUGAGCCUGGUGACUUUUGGUGUCAAAUGACUAAAAACGCACAUGAAUUGAAGAUGCUGAUGAGUAAAAUACAAGAAUAUUACAACACACAUGAUGAUCAGUUUCAGCCUGAUCAAUCUGCUUGCAUAGUAAAGUAUUCUGAGGAUGGCAGAUGGUAUAGAGCAUUGAUACUGGGAAAAGUGGUUUUAAUGGAAGUAGAUGUGUUGUAUAUUGAUUAUGGAAAUAGAGAGAGAGUAUCCAUUAGUGAUCUACGUGCAAUAAGACCAGAGUUUCUCCUUCUCAAGGGUCAGGCAUUUAGGUGCAGUCUCUAUAACAUAAUUCAGCCCAUGGGUCCUGAUCCAUUCAUAUGGAAUGAAGAUUCAAUUGCUGCAUUCCAUGAAUUUAUUGAUAAUGCUUUAAGCUUGUACAUGGAGCUGAAAUGCACAGUGUAUGCAUUGACUAUUGUGGAGGAUAAAGGACUCUGUAAUAUUGUGGAUUUGAACACUCCAUUCCAAAGUGCUUGUCAAUUAUUAAUCGAGCGUGGCUUAGCCAAGUUUGUAGGAUCACCUAGCAUUCUUGCCCCUUCUGUAAGCCUUUACACUUACUAUUAUUCAACUCAUGAUGUGAAAAUUGGUAGUGAAGAAGAAAUGUAUGUGAGUCAUGUUGUAAAUCCAACAAAGUUCUACUGUCUUCUUGGUAGAAACCUGGGUGUUCUAGAUAAACUUACAGACAAAGUUAAUAAACUCUCUGCUAAGAUGCAAGGAUAUAAUUUUACACAUGGAAUAGACCCUAUCUGUCUUGCAAAAUACACUGAUAAUCGGUGGUAUCGUGCUUUAGCGUGGCCUGUACAGAACCGAAUUCGGGUUUCAUUCGUGGACUAUGGGAACAAACUAGAUGUUGAUAAGAAUGACUUGCUUCCUAUACCCAACAGUGCAAAAGAUGUUAAAUUCUUACCCAUGCAAGCAAUUAAGUGUGGUUUAUCAGAUAUACCAGCUGACUUAUCCCUUGAAGUUAUGUGGUUUAAAAAAGCUGUGAUGGAUAAACCUUUAAAAGCUGUAGUAGUUGCAAAGGAGACAGAUGGAAAACUGAUUGUUGAGCUAUAUGAUGGGAACAUGCAAAUUAAUGCAAAAAUUAGAGAACAGCUUUGCCUGCAGGGUCGUAAUGAAAGAAAAGUAAAUGGUAAUUCAGGAAGGCAAAAGCAUAAGAGUGAAAAGUCGAGCUUUCCUUGUUUGGCAAAGAGUGAUCAUGAGUCAUUGGCUCUCAAAAGCUGCAUAGUUGAAGAUCAAAGUGAAGACUGUGAAAUUGAAAAGUUAACUGGAUCUGUUUGCAAGCAGGACAGAUGGAAGAAUAGGGCUGAAGUCACUUCACAGACUGACGAAACCAGAUUAAAAAGAUGUAUUCCCAACAAAAUAGGUGCAAUGCAGACAAAAGAAUCUUCAGAUAUAGGGUCCAGUGGAGAAAUGGGAAAAAAUACAUCUGUUGAAAGCACUAACUUAAUCACAACAUGGCCUAAGGUGAUACAUGUUCCUCCAUUACUGAAUCCUGGAUUUAAAAGUGAAGUAUCUGUUUCACACAUUAUCAAUCCAUCUCAUUUUUUUGUUCAGCUUUCCCAAAAUGAAGAUAAGAUAAAAAUAAUGGAAAAAAAGUUGAAUGAAUGUGUUAUAAAUUGUAGAAAUGUUGGAAGCUUUAAGAUGGGAGAUGUUGUGUGUGCAGAGUUCCCUGAAGAUGGCUCUCCAUAUAGAGCUAUAAUAACUGAAGCUCACAAUGAUUUGUUUACAGUGGAAUAUAUAGAUUAUGGUAACACAGCAACUGUUGAUGCUUCAAAAAUCUUCCCUCUUCCAGCUGAUUGCUUGGAAGUUCAGCGACUUAGCAUACCUUGCUCUCUUGCUGGAUUUCGGAAUGCAAAUUUUAGAGAAAACAAAAUUAUUCUUUCUGAAUUUAAAAAGAGAACAAAUAAAACACUGCUACAAUGUGAAUUUGUCCAGCAGUUUGGAGAAUUGUGGGAGAUUCACCUCUAUGACAACCAGGGAUUGUUGGCUGAUGGUUUGAAAGAUUCUUUAUAUAAAAGUGAAUUACAAUACACUCAGCAGUUGACUGAAUGUCCUGUAUUUGAUGUAAGGCCUGCUUCAAAGUUCAAGGCAUAUGUCCUUUCAGUUAAGUCUCCCCAGCAAUUUUGGUGUCAGUUUAAGACAACAGAGGAUGGUGUUUUUAUUGAAUCACUUGAAAGAAACAAAUAUGAAUGUGAAUAUCAAUUAAAAAAUGACUUGGCUCUCAAGGCUGGUAAUCUAUGUAUGGUAAAAACUAAAAAUCACCAUAACUGGUCUACUUGUGAAAUAGUGCAAGUUCUUGCUGGUAGUGUUGAAGUACUCUUUCUGAAGGAGGGCAUUAAGGAAGUUAUGAAAAAUGAAGACCUGAGAGAAAUAACACCUAAAUUUGCAUUGACUUAUGAAUGUAAAUUGUAUGGUUUGGUUCCAGUUGAUGGGAAUAGCUGGUCUGAACAAGCCACUGAACUCUUUAAAGCUUCAGUUUUGCACAAAACUGUCACUGUGAAAGUAAUCAGUGUUUCAGAGGAUAAUAUAUUAGAAGUUGCUAUAUACGAGAACUUGGAAAAUAUCAUGAGAAACAAAUUAACUGCUUCAGGGCUAGGUGUUGAGAAAUUGAAUGAGAGUUUGCCUAACACAAUCAACUUUGGACGUUACAUCAGAAAAAUGCCUUUAAUGGGACAAGCUGUUGAAGGAUAUAUCACAGCAGUGGAAAGUCCUAGCUAUUUCUGGUGCCAAUUUUCAAUGCCUGAAAUUCAGAUGCUUUCUAAAAAGAUGUGUGAAGUUGGAAUAUUUGGUAUUACAGAUAAAGAAUUACUUUCCACCAUUUCAAUUGGUGACAGUUGUGCUUGUAAAUAUUCUGAAGAUGACCUCUGGUACAGGGCUGAAGUAAAAAAUAUAAAUGGCAACAUGGUAACAUUGCAAUAUGUUGACUAUGGGAAUGAAGAUAAUGUUGGACUAGAGCAAGUUAAAAGGAUACCCAAGGAGCUGCUGAAGAUUCCUACCCAGUGUUUUCCAUGUUCCCUUUUUGGGUAUGAUUUGUCAAAAGGCUCUUGGAAAGAUGGUGCAGUGGAUGUACUUGUUGAAUUUUCAGAUCAGUUGUUAAAUAUUUCUGUGAUAGAGAAUGAACAUGGAAAAGGAAAUGCUCCAUUUUUAUCACAUGUCCAGGUCCAGUAUGCUGGUGGUACAAUUAAUGAUGUUGUGAGAGACUUGUGGAUUCCUCAUCAUGGAAGCGAUCAGGUAUGUGACAAUUCAUUAAGUGCCGAGCAGUUAACUCCUGUGCUGUCAAGUGCUGGGAUCCAGAAUGACGAAGAUAACCUCAUGCGGCCUACACGUUUGAAGGGAUCAAAUGAAGGGAGCUCUAUCAUUUUUAUGCAAAAUGAAAAUGAGGAAAAAGUUAACACUAAAAUUCCACCUGUACUCAUAAAGGAGGGAGAAUGCAUAAUUAAUGUUCAGUGUAUUGAUUUGUCUCCAGUAGUGGAUAGUGUGACCAAUGGAAUAGAAGUGUUACAUACGUCAAAGAUGAAUGAACCUGUUGAGCAGAGUUCAGUUCUUGCUGAGGACAAUACUAAAAAUGUCCAUUUAAGGUCUACCAAUGAAGUAUCUUCGGUGCAGAAUUGUGUGAAUGGAAACGCUUCAAACCUGCAACCUGAAGAUGCAGAUCUUAAGCCGCUCUCAGAACAAGAACCAAUCAAAGUGUGUGAAGAUUUGCAGGGUUCAAUGCAGUGUAUUGAUCUGUAUGAAGAGAUUUUUAAAUGCCAUAGUGAUCAGCCUCUUACUGAGGAGAUUGGUGAUGAUUCUAUGACCCGUAUUCUCAUAUCCCAUGAUGAUGACGAGGACUACUAUGAAGAUCAAAACUUGCCAGAAGCCCAAGUCAACAGCAGUUUAAUAGAGGACCAGUUUGUGACAGACAUUGGGAUGAAUAUCUGCUUGGAAGAAGAAAGCAAAAUUCUAUCUGAUGAAAGUCUUGAAGUGGUGAAUGAAGGAAAACACAAAGAUUUUGAAGAAAAUAAUGAGAACAAAAGUAUUCUGUUAGAUGAUCCACUAUCUGUGACAGCUGAUAGCAACACAGUACAAGAAUCAUCUUCAUUGAUCCUUCAGCCUGAAUCUGAAUUAUCACACCAUUUGCAUCAAUAUGAGAAUGAACAUCAGGACACAAAGUCAAGCUCCUCUAAUUACAGUACUCGUGUCUCUGAGAAAGAAAUGGUUGUCUCUGAAGUUAAUUGUGAGGAAGUUGAUGGUCAAACUGUGCCUUCUAAGACUGUCAUUCAGCUGGACGAAGAACAAUUGAUCCAUGGCACCAGUACUGAAGUUACAGAUGUGUUUUCUUCCACUAAAUCGGAUGUUGCAUUGCUUGAGCACUUUGACGAUUAAAAACCCAGACUUCGAUGGAUUCCUUUUGCUACACUCUUGGCAGCAGAAAAUGUUUGAGAAUUCGCCUGACACAAAUUUGGAAGCUAAUGUCUAUAUCAAAGUAGAAGGCAAAUCUGUGGAUUUACUCCAUUAAUGGUUAUCAGUCUUGAAGGAAGAUACAAACAAAUAAUGAUUCCUGCUUCUGAAGUUUUUGUUAAAAUACUACAGUUACAAUACUGGUAAAUAAGUAGUAUUUUUCAUUUACUCUCUGGUAUGGCUCUACUCAUUUUAAAAAGUAAAGGAUGCUGUAGUCAAAUGAAACCAAAUACUGCUCUGGUACUUUUUGACAUAGUUGAUUAGGAAACUAGAAAAGAGAUUAAUCUAUUUCAUCCUAUGGAACGUUUAAGUUUGGGAUUCAAACAUGCAUUCAGUUCACUUGAUAUAGCAGUUUUUUUUACUUUUCACGAACAUGAAAAUGCUUGUGAGUAAGGGAAAGAGCAAGAGACUUACUGAUGGAUAUACAGCCUGUUGCGUGCAAUUGAUAGAUUACUGCUGGUAUCAGUCUGUUGGAAAAAUAGCACAUUUCAUCUAUAGGGAUGAACAGAAACUUAAGUAUUAAAAAUCUGUAAAGCAGAUAGUGAAUACCGAAAAUCUUGCCAAAACCUGAUCAGUAUUCAAGAAUGUCAAUGCCUUUAAAUUGUUUCUGUAUGUAUAUUACAGCCAAGAAAAGUAAUUACCCAGAAUUUCUGGAAAAAAUCCUUUUUACAAAUUCUAAAUGAUGGAUUAUAAUGCAAGUCAACUUUGGCCUAAAAUAUAAAGGAAUGUCUGCAACACUCAGCAUCAAAAUACCUGUACACUGCACGUGUUUUUACAAAUGUUCAAUUAAAGUGACAAAUAAAAGCUUAUUU